UGGAAUUGGCCUCAUUUGCAUUAAAAUUUGAAAUUGGUAAAAUAUAUAAACUUGGCAGUUACUAUUAAAGGUCCUUUUGGAGGGAGGGAAACAUUAGUUAAGAGUUGGGAGAAUGUUUAGGAAGUUGGGUCACUCAGUAUUCCAAAUUUGCAAGUUGGUAUUUCUCUCUCUCGGCUUUCCCUUCUGUUAUUCUUUCUAAACUCUCAAACUCCCUGAUUAGAUUUCUUUCUCCUUUCAAUCAUGUCAAUGGAGGGAAAGAGGGUAUGUUUGUCAUUUUAUGGAUAUCCAUAGACCAAUUUGUUUUGGGUUCUCAGGUAGAUUACGAAAAAGGGUGUCCUUUUAUUUCGUAUGUAUAAACAGGGGAAACAGAGGUUUCUGGGUAAUUUGGGUUUGUUUGAGAGCUACUCGCUUCUUUUGGAGUCGGAAUUCACCAUUGCCGGCUCCAAAAUCUCAACUUUCUUUAUGGGUUUUCAUUUGUUUAUGUUAAAACCCCAGCUUUCUCUCUGACGAAUCUUAAAACUCAAAACCCAGUUAUACAUUUCAGUUCUAGUUUUGGUACACAUACAAAAUAUUCUCUUUCUGUAUAUGAUUCCAUUACUUUGGAAAUUUGAUAGAAAAUACCUUUUAUUGAUGGAGUUUGUCUGCUUCAGAUAAGUGCCAAAUUGGCGAGCAUCUCCAUAAUUUUGUCAUCUGGAUGCUAUGCCUUUGUUGAAUGUUUGAAAGAAAGCCAAUGUGUUUUAAUAUUUAGAUUGAAUAUUGUAGAGUGGGGGCUGUGAACAUGGGCUAAUUAAAGUAAUAGUAAGUUGUUGUUGUUGUUGUUGUUGUUAGUCAAAAGGCAAAAGAAGAUUUUUUAAUGAGGGUUUUGUUCUGCAAGAUCCAUUGUCCCUCAUUCAUUUGCUUCUGUAAACCGUCUGCUCAUAUUUACACGCCCGGACCACUGAAAUUGGAGAAUAUCCCACAUCCACAUGUGCCUUCAAAACUUGUUUCAGUUCCUGAAGCCUCUGAUCAAUUAGCUGGUGAGGCUAAACUCACGGAGGAGACGCUAGACCAUGAGAAACAACAACAACCUACUCUGAAUUGCAGAAAAAGUAGUCUCAAGAAGCCUAAUUCAAGCUCUGGUUCUCCAAAUGAGGAGCAGAAGAAGAGAGUACAAUGGAUGGACUUUUUAGGGAAAGAGCUUGUUUCAAUUAGGGAAUUUGAAUCCAGUGAAGGUGAAGAAAGUGAUAAUGAAGAUGGGCAGAAUAGAGGUUGCAUCUGCGUUAUUUUAUGAUGUUUCUCAAUUGGUUUUCACCUCUGCAAAUUCUUAAAAAGUAAGCAACUAUGGCGAUACAAAGUAAGACAAAUAAUUUGGAAUAAAUUUCUGGAGCUGCAUCACUUUUGAAGUCUGGUUUCCAUUCAUACAACCUCAUGCAUUGGCUCUCAAAGUCAAAGAAGACUUGUUCAUAAGAACUCAAUAUAGAUGUUUACUUUUGUUUUUAUAUAUCAAAUUGUUAACAAUAUGUUGGAAUCACUCUUAUUUUACACAGGAUGAGUUGACGGAGUCUUUAUUUAAUAAAAUGGCUAUUUCAUCAUUUAGACAUAAGUGAUGUUUUAUCACUCUCA